AUGACGCUCAACACGUUCCAUUAUGCUGGAGUGUCGUCGAAGAAUGUGACACUUGGUGUUCCUCGUUUGAAAGAGAUUAUCAAUGUGGCGACGAACAUCAAGACGCCUUCGCUGAACGUCUAUCUGACACCAGAAUGUGCUCGUAACAUGGAGCGUGCUAAGCAGGUGCAGGUUGCUUUGGAGUACACUAACUUGAAGAAAGUUACGUCGGCGACUGAGAUUCAUUAUGAUCCUGAUCCCGAGAACACUAAUAUUGAAGAGGAUCAGGACUUUGUAUCUGCAUACUAUGCGAUGCCCGAUGAGGAUCUGAAUUUAUCCAGGACAUCACCUUGGUUGCUUCGUAUUGAGUUGGACCGUAAGAUGAUGCUUGAUAAGAAGCUGACAAUGGCGGAUGUCUCGAACAAGAUAUCAGAGGACUUUCAACGUGAUUUGAUGUGUAUUUGUUCAGAUGACAACGCUGAGAGGUUGAUCAUUCGCUGCCGUAUUAUCAAUGAGGAAGCAGCGGACAAGCAGCCCGACGUACAAGACGAGGAAGAUGUGUUUUUAAAGAAGAUUGAGAACAGUUUGCUUAGUUCAAUCAGCCUGCGUGGCAUCAAGAAUAUUGCACGCGUUUACAUGGUGGAGAAGAAGAAGACAUACAUCAAAUCAGAUGGAACGUUCGACUCUCAGAAGGAAUGGUACCUAGAAACAAGUGGAUCGAAUCUGAAGGCGGUCAUGUGCGAGGAGGACGUCGAUGCCACACGUACAUACUCGAACAACUGUGGAGAAGUGAUGGCCGUA